AUCGUCAGAGUCCUACAUCUUUGAACCAAUCAGCGACGUCGUUGCUUUAGGGAAAAGGACUAGAGAAUUUCCAAGAUGGUGCUGGAAAGUACUAUGGUCUGUGUGGACAACAGUGAAUACAUGAGAAAUGGAGAUUUUCUGCCCACCAGAUUACAGGCACAGCAGGAUGCUGUCAACAUUGUCUGUCACUCAAAGACUCGUAGUAACCCAGAGAACAAUGUGGGGCUAAUCACAAUGGCUAACAAUUGUGAGGUCCUCACCACUUUAACACCAGACGCUGGGCGCAUACUCUCGAAGCUCCAUGCAGUUCAACCCCUGGGCAAAAUCUCCUUCUGCACUGGCAUACGGGUGGCACACUUGGCUUUGAAGCACAGACAAGGCAAGAACCACAAGAUGAGGAUUGUUGCUUUUGUGGGCAGCCCAGUGGAGGACAAUGAAAAAGAUCUGGUGAAGUUGGCAAAGCGAUUGAAAAAAGAAAAAGUCAAUGUAGAUGUGAUCAAUUUUGGAGAAGAGGAGGUGAACACAGAGAAACUGACUGCAUUUGUGAACACACUGAAUGGAAAGGAGGGCACAGGUUCUCACCUGGUCACGGUUCCUCCUGGGCCCAGCCUUGCUGAUGCCCUGCUCUCUUCUCCCGUCCUGGCUGGUGAGGGUGGUACUAUGUUGGGCUUGGGUGCGAGUGACUUUGAGUUUGGAGUGGACCCCAGUGCUGACCCAGAGCUGGCCCUGGCUUUGCGUGUAUCCAUGGAGGAGCAAAGGCAGAGACAGGAAGAGGAAGCCCGCAGGGCAGCCGCACAAUCAGUGGCCGAGGCCGGCAUUCCUUCCUCUACUGCUGAUGAAUCAGAGGAAGCACUUUUGAAGAUAUCUGCCUCUCAGCCUGACAGUGGUGUGGCAGCAUUGCCAGACUUCAGCAGCAUGACAGAGGAGGAGCAGAUAGCUUAUGCCAUGCAGAUGUCCCUGGCAGGUGGAGAAUUAGGAGAAUCAAUGGACACAGGAGCUCCAAUGGACACUGCAAAAUCUAAGGAAGAGGAUGACUAUGAUGUAAUGCAGGACCCAGAAUUCCUCCAAAGUGUUCUAGAGAAUCUGCCUGGCGUUGACCCCAACAAUGAGGCCAUUCGCAAUGCCAUGGGUUCCCUGGCCUCUCAGAGUGGUAACAAACAAGAGGGGAAAAAAGAUGAUGAAAAGAAGAAAUAAAUUCAAAAAAUGUUCUGUGACUGAUUGUUGUAUAAGCCAUUUGACAUGUGAGAGGAAAAAAAAAAAAAAAAAGAGUAAAAUUACAAUAAGUUGCCACAUCUGAUGUUUUGGAGCAAUUUUAGAUGCAGACCCCAUUGCUGAGACAUUCACCUAGGUAUUUCUGCAAUGUUGUGUGGUACCUCAAUUCACACAUGGCUUGUUAAAACAAAAAAUUCCCCUCAAGAACUGUGCACAAUUUAUCGUAUACUUGAUGAACCUGUGCAAAACAUCUAAAAUGGUUUCUUUUUUUCUAUUGCCAUUAAAACAUGAAAUCUAA